AUGGCAGUUGUUUUGAGGUUUGUUGAUAAAAGUAAGCAAGUGAUGGAGCAUUUUUUGGGCAUGUCCCAUGUCACUAAUACUUGUGCCCAAUCACUGAAGGAUGUCAUUGAUGCAAUGUCUUCUACACAUGGGUUGAGCAUAUUUACCCUGAGAGGUCAAGGCUAUGAUGGAGCAAGUAAUAUGUCAGGUGAGUUCAAUGGGUUGAAAGCUUUAAUUCUAAGAGAGAACCCACAUUCUAUAUAUGUUCAUUGCUUUGCUCACCAGCUUCAGUUGGCAAUUGUAUCUAUGGCACGUAGGAAUUGUAUGCUUGGUGAUUUGUUCGACAUAUUUGCUAUUAUUGUGAAUUUGGUUGGUGCAUUAUGUAAGCGUGUAGAUACUCUUCGAACAAGUUAUCAAGCUAGUAUUCUAAAGAAGCUAAAUAUUGGAGAACUUACAGGUGGAAGUGAUGUUCUUGAAAAUAUGUCAGAAGAUGGCGUACAUUCAAAUAAAAAAUCUUCGAUCGUAAGACAGAUGAACGCUAUGCAAGAUUUUGAGUUUGUGUUCAGUCUCCACUUUAUGUUUGAAAUUCUUGCAAUUAUAGAUGACCUUUCACAAGCCUUACAGAAAAAGGAUGAGGAUAUUCAGAAUGAUAUGAGGUUAUUGAAUUUGUAUAAGUGUGUAUUGCAAAACCUGAGAGCAAAUGGUUGGGAUACUUUAUUGAGUAGGGUGAUUGAGUUUUGUGUUGAUAGACAUAUUUUAGUGCCCAAUAUGGAGGAUAUUGUGGUAGUGAAAGGUUGA